AUGCCGCCGGUUAUCGAAGCCACCGAGCUCACUGAGCAGCGACCUCCCACCUCGAUGUCCAGAUCCGAGUUCGAUCCAUUUUGCAAUGCCAAAAUCACCUCUCCCUUCUACCUCUACAAGCACGAUUCUCCUCGACCUUCCUUCGAGGCCGAAAAGCCAUUACCUCACGUUGCUGCCCGGGACGUCGAGGCUGGCGCUGUUGAUCUUUCCCCAACAAUCACACAGGAGAAGCAAGACGCACAAGAGACCGCGACCCGUAGAUUCAGAUUCUGGGGAGCAAAGAAGCAUUGUAUGACCAAACCAAAGAACAGAGGCUGUGCGUGGUUAGCUCGAUUGACUCCACGACAGAGGCUGUUGGUCAAGAUCUUGAUUGCCUUGGUCGCUAUCGGCGCCAUGGUUGCCCUUGCUGUUGGCAUCAGUAUCAGAGUACACGGAGGGGUCUACAAGAACAACAAUUCGACUACAUCGAUUGGAUGA